AGAUCAGGAUCGGAGAUGGUCUAACGGUCCAAGACCGCUUUCUCUCAUCUCUCCAAUUAUCAAAUCACCAGAAGCAGAGCAGCAGCAGCAGCAACAGCCAUAGGUGUGACAAUGGAGGGAGGGAAGACGAAGCAGAAAUCGCCGGCUCUGACUCUCCAACAGUUCAUCUCCACCACCGCCCCUCUUAUCGACCUCGAAAAGGAAGCUGAGAUAUCUGCCUCCAUCAUAACUGGGUCGUCCAGAAACUUGGACACUGCUCAGAAGAAGGGCUCCACCAUUCUCAAUUUGAAAUGUGUUGAUGCUCAGACUGGACUCAUGGGGAAGAGUCUUCUUGAGUUUCAAUCCACCAAAGCAGAUGUUCUUCCUCCCCACAAGUUUAGCACCCAUGAUGUGGUUGUUCUAAAACCAAAUAAGGCUGAUCUGGGGGCCUCUGCUCUUGGACAAGGUGUAGUUUAUCGGUUAAAGGACUCAUCAAUCAUUGUUGCUUUUGAUGAUGUUCCUGAAGAUGGUUUAAAUAGUCCUCUACGGUUAGAGAAACUGGGAAAUGAGGUGACAUAUCGUAGGAUGAAGGAUGCCUUGAUACAAUUGAGCAAAGGUGUGCAGAAGGGCCCCGCAUCUGAUUUAAUUCCUGUCUUAUUUGGAGAGAGGACACCAACAGUGUCCAAGAAGGAUGUCACAUUUACCCCAUUUAACAAAAACCUUGAUCAUUCUCAGAGAGAUGCCAUUUCAAAGGCCCUGUCAUCAAAGAAUGUAUUUUUGCUGCAUGGACCUCCUGGCACGGGAAAGACUACAACUGUGGUGGAAAUUAUCUUGCAAGAAGUUAAACGUGGAUCAAAGAUUCUUGCAUGUGCUGCUUCAAAUAUUGCUGUUGACAACAUUGUUGAGCGACUUGCACGCCACAAAGUAAAGUUAGUGAGAUUGGGGCAUCCUGCACGUUUACUACCUCAAGUACUGGACAGUGCACUGGAUGCACAGGUCUUGCGAGGGGAUAACAGUUCACUGGCAAAUGACAUUCGGAAGGAAAUGAAGGCAUUAAAUGGGAAGCUGUUAAGGACCAAAGAUAAGAACACUAGGAGGGAAAUCCAGAAGGAGCUUAGGACUCUUUCUAGGGAAGAGCGUAAAAGGCAGCAGCUAGCUGUAACAGAUGUAAUAAAAAAUGCAGAUGUGAUUUUGGCAACUUUGACUGGGGCAUCUUCUCGCAAGCUUGACAAUACUUCAUUUGAUUUGGUGAUUAUUGAUGAAGCUGCUCAGGCACUUGAGAUAGCAUGCUGGAUGGCUUUACUAAAGGGUUCAAGAUGUAUACUUGCAGGCGACCAUCUUCAGCUUCCUCCUACCAUUCAGAGUGCUGAAGCUGAGAAGAAGGGUCUAGGAAGGACCCUCUUUGAACGCCUUGCAGACAUAUAUGGAAAUGAAGUCAUGUCUAUGCUCACCGUCCAGUACCGCAUGCACGAGCGGAUCAUGGAUUGGUCAUCAAAGGAGCUUUACAACAGUAAGAUUAAGGCCCAUUCAAGUGUUGCUGGGCAUAUGCUUUUGGACCUGGAGGAUGUAAAGACGACCUCUUCUACAGAACCGACCCUUCUUCUAAUAGACACAGCUGGGUGUGACAUGGAAGAAAAGAAGGAUGAAGAAGAAAGCACUUUGAAUGAGGGGGAAGCCGAUGUUGCUAUUGCCCAUGCCAAGAGGCUUGUUCAAAGUGGUGUUCAGGCUUCUGAUAUUGGAAUUAUCACUCCUUAUGCUGCACAGGUUGUCUUACUCAGGAUGUUGAGAAGCAAUGACGACAAGCUAAAGGAUUUGGAAAUCUCAACAGUUGACGGCUUCCAGGGCCGGGAAAAGGAAGCCAUCAUUAUUUCAAUGGUUCGGUCAAAUUCAAAAAAAGAGGUAGGGUUUCUGAAGGACCACAGGCGAAUGAACGUGGCUGUAACACGUGCAAGAAGGCAAUGCUGUCUUGUAUGCGACACAGACACGGUGACUAGUGAUGCAUUCCUGAAGCGAUUGAUAGAGUAUUUUGAGGAGCAUGGUGAGUAUCUAAGUGCCUCAGAGUAUAGCAAUGAAUGACCAAAAUCGCAAAAUCGGCUUCUCUGCCCCCACAAGCAUCUACGAACUGGCUGUGUUUGGUGAUCGAUGCCAUACCUCGGGGAUAUAGUUCCCCUAAGAUCGUGCACUGCUUUUGAAGCAGAGGAAAACUUACAAGUUACACCUAUUAAACACAAUUUAUAAUUCUUAAUGGUAUUGAUACCAAUUGAAAGUUUGUUUAAUGCACUUUUCCUUCUCCAA